CUGCGGUGUUCGUGAUAUCUGGUUCUCCACGCAUUCGCUAUUCGCUUACGUUCUACGUCUACGGUGUCGUUCUGAAAUUAAACAUGGCCGCGAGUUUGAUCUGCGUUCAUUGAUACAUCCAUAAAAUACUAAGUUGACCCGUUCUAGUGGUCAAUCGUGAUAUUAUAACCUAAAAUAGUGAAAAUUCAUAACAUAGCCCGAAGAAUUAAUAAAAUACAGCUGGAAAAUGCCCGAGAUGGGAGACGGAUCAGACUCGGAAAACUCAGGAUCAGACAACGAGAGCAAAAGUGAUUCUUCAUCAAAUAACUCAGACAGCGGAUCUGGAUCCUCUUCAUCGGACGGAUCGGACAGUGGCGGUGAGAAUGAUAAUGAAAACGGCGAGAGAGUCGGGAAUGGCUCGGUGCAUGAAGAGGAGGCAUCCAAAAAUGAAGAUGAUAGCAGCCGUCACUCAUCCCCAGCCAAACUCGAUACUUCGAGAGAGUCUGACAAGAGUACGGACCAAUAUGGCACCCGGCAAUCUGCUAGAUCGCGAAAGGCUCCCGAAAGACUACAAAGCAGAGAUAGUGAUAAAACCAGUGAUAAAACUAGCGGCAGCAAAAGCGACGAUUGGAAAUACAAUGAUGCUAGUAGUUCAGAAUCGGAACAAGAACGCGAGAGACCCCCUCCCAGCAAACGGGUCGGGGCCCGCGCUCGCGCCCCUGUUGUGAAGAAGAAACCUGUCAAAAAACGCAGCAACUACAGCUCAGAAGAUGAAUCUAGCGAGGAAUAUAGCAAUGAUGAUAAGAAGAGAGCAGUUUCCAGACGUAAAGCGGCCAACGUCAGCUAUAAGGAGGAUAGUGAGGACAAAACGGAUUCUGAAGAUUUAUUGGAAGUUGAAAACACUGAACCGGUAGUAAUUGUACCUGAAGAAAAAUGUGAGACUAUAGAGAGAGUGUUAGCUCAGCGAAGAGGAAAAAAAGGAGUCACCGGUAAUAUCACAACAACAUAUUAUGUUGAAGAAAACGGUGAUCCUAAUGAAGGCGUUGAUGCAACCGAUUUGGAAAACACCGAAGACCAGUACUUUAUCAAGUGGAAGGACUGGGCACAUAUCCACAACACUUGGGAAUCCGAUGCUAGUCUGAGAGAUCAAAAGGUAAAAGGUCUAAAAAAACUCGAGAAUUAUAUCAAGAAAGAAGUUGAGAUCCAACAAUGGCUGAAAUACUCUACACCAGAAGAUGUAGAAUAUUAUGAGUGUCAGUUAGAGUUGCAACAAGACCUUCUUACAAGCCACAACGAAGUUGAAAGAAUCAUAGCAAAGUACAAUAAACCAGAUGGCGGAACUGAUUAUUUUGUAAAAUGGGAAAGUUUACCUUACUCGGAAUCUACUUGGGAAGAUUCAGCCCUUAUUCAGAAAAAGUGGCCGGUAAAAAUUGAAGAAUUUGAAGGUCGCGAAAAAUCAACCAGGACCCCUACCAAACAUUGCAAAGUACUUAAAUAUAGGCCGAAGUUUCAUGAAGUGAAAACCCAACCAGAGUAUAUGACUGGAAAAGAUAAUACUCUAGUAUUGCGGGAUUAUCAAAUACAUGGUCUCAACUGGAUGAUCCAUUCCUGGACGAAAGAAAAUUCUGUGAUUCUUGCUGAUGAGAUGGGUCUUGGUAAAACUAUACAGACAAUAUGCUUUCUCUAUUACCUUUUCAACACACAUAACUUGCAUGGGCCUUUCUUGUGUGUUGUUCCUUUGUCAACCAUGACAUCUUGGCAGAGAGAGUUUAUACAGUGGGCUCCUGAAUUGAAUUUUGUAACCUACUUGGGGGAUGUCCAGUCCAGAGAAGCAAUUCGUCAAUAUGAGUGGUGUUAUGAAGGUUCCAAAAGACUUAAAUUCAAUGCAAUUCUCACUACCUAUGAAAUUGUUCUCAAGGAUAAAGCAUUCCUUGGCAGUUUAAGUUGGGCUGUUAUUUUGGUAGAUGAGGCUCAUCGAUUGAAAAAUGAUGAUUCAUUGCUAUACAAAGCUUUGAUGGAAUUUGAUACCAAUCACAGAUUGCUUAUCACUGGAACGCCUUUACAGAACAGUCUCAAAGAGCUGUGGGCCCUGCUACAUUUCAUAAUGCCCAAAAAAUUUGAUAACUGGGAAGAUUUUGAAAAAGAACACGAGAAUGCAUCUACCAAAGGCUAUGGUAAACUCCACAAACAACUAGAGCCUUUUAUACUGAGAAGGGUAAAAAAAGAUGUUGAAAAGUCCUUACCAGCAAAAGUAGAACAGAUCCUGAGGGUAGAGAUGACUGCUAUCCAAAAACAGUACUACAAAUGGAUUUUAACAAAAAACUACAAUGCCUUGCGCAGAGGUGUGAAGGGAUCCUCCACCACCUUCUUGAACAUUGUCAUCGAGCUGAAAAAGUGUUGCAAUCACGCUUUUUUGACAAAACCUACCGAAUACGAACAUCAAAAUUCCCAACAAGACCAUCUCCAAAUGUUGCUGAGAGGUUCCGGAAAGCUAGUACUACUAGACAAGCUUUUGAUAAGGUUGAGAGAGACAGGCCAUAGAGUUCUGAUUUUCUCCCAGAUGGUCAGGAUGUUGGACAUUCUUGCCGAAUACUUGCAACUCCGGCAUUUCCCCUUCCAACGUUUAGACGGUGGCAUAAAAGGCGAGCUGCGAAGGCAAGCAUUGGACCAUUUCAAUGCUGAGGGCUCUCAGGAUUUCUGCUUCCUACUCUCGACUCGAGCUGGCGGCCUGGGAAUCAAUUUGGCUACCGCAGACACCGUGAUCAUUUUCGAUUCCGAUUGGAACCCUCAGAAUGACCUCCAAGCUCAGGCUAGGGCGCAUCGUAUCGGCCAGAAGAACCAGGUGAACAUCUACAGGCUGGUGACUGCCAGGUCUGUGGAGGAAGAAAUCGUCGAGCGGGCGAAGCAGAAGAUGGUCUUGGACCAUCUCGUCAUUCAGAGAAUGGACACUACGGGAAGGACUGUUCUGGAUAAGAAGGGUUCAUCGAACAACAACCCGUUCAACAAGGAAGAUCUGACGGCCAUCUUGAAGUUUGGCGCCGAGGAGCUGUUCAAAGAUGAGGACGAAGAUGAAGAACCUAGCUGUGAUAUUGAUGAAAUUCUACGUAGAGCCGAAACUAGAGAUGAAGCGCCGACUAUGGUCGGUGAUGAACUCCUUUCAGCCUUCAAAGUGGCAAGUUUCGCUGCCUUCGAAGAAGAAACCGAACCUUCGCCCAUCAACAACCCUGCUGGGGAGGAAGAAAGCAAAGACUGGGACGAGAUAAUUCCCGAGAAACUUAGGAAGAAGGUAGAGGAAGAGGAGAAAAGCAAAGAGAUGGAGGACCUGUACCUGCCUCCCAGAAGCAGGAAGACUCUUCAGCAGAUCAACCAAUCGGAGAGUGACGGCGAAGAGGGUAAAGGCAGGAAGAAGGCGAAGAAAGAAGAAGAGAGUUGCGGUUCUAGCGCCGAAGGGGAAGAGUCAGAUGAUGACAGGCCGAAGAAACGUGGUAGACCACCUGGUGGGAGUAGGGAGAAGAUGAAGAAUUUCACGGAUGCUGAGCUUCGGCGCUUUAUCAAAAGCUACAAGAGGUUCAGUGCUCCUCUGAAGCGGAUGGAAGAAGUGGCUUGCGAUGCCGAACUCCAAGAAAAACCCCUGGCAGAGCUAAGAAAACUGGGCGAGAUGCUUCACGAGAGGUGCAGAGCUCACAUGAACGAACAGACCAAAGAGAAUACUGAGGCGAGUAAUCCAGAGGAACAGAAAGGGCGUAAAAGAUUGAGGGGGCCUUCUUUCAAAUUAGGAGGCGUUUCCGUUAAUGCGAAGACGAUGCUGGCUUGCGAGGAGGAACUCGAACCGCUAGAUGAAGUGAUUCCAUCUAAUCCUGAAGAUAGGAAACGCUGGAAUUUUGAUUGCAAGACGAAGACGGCACAUUUUGAUGUCGACUGGGGUCAAGAAGAGGAUACAAAACUCUUGAAGGGCAUCUACAUUCAUGGCUUGGGAUCUUGGGAGCAAAUCAAACUUGACCCGACGCUAGGCAUAGGCGACAAGAUUUUACUGAAUGAAGACAAGAAACCUCAAGCGAAGCACUUGCAAUCACGAGCUGAAUACCUCCUUAGGAUUAUGAAGAAAAAUCUCGACGCGAAAAAAGGCUUGCAGAAACCAAAGAAUAAACGCAAGAAAGAACCAAAAAUCCUGACCAAGGAAAUAGUAGAUGACGAUGGCAGCUCUAAUGAUGAAGCAACAACACAAACCACUGCAAAUACUUCUACCUCUGUGACACCACCUGUCAAAAAACCUCUUAAAGAUGACCAUGUAGCAGUUGAUAAAAAAGAAAAGAAAGAGAAGAAAAAGAGGGAAAAGAAAGCGUCUGGUCCUAUGCAUUUCUCAACAAAUGAAACCAUUGCACUCAAUGUUUUAGGUGACUUGGAUCCAUCCAUAUUUAAUGAAUGCAAGGAAAAAAUGAGGCCUGUUAAAAAGGCGCUCAAAGCUCUGGACAAUCCAGAUCAAUCACUUUCUGAGUUGGAUCAAGUCCAGCAUACCAGGGAGUGUCUUUUGCAGAUCGGAGAACAGAUAAAUACCUGUCUCAAACAGUAUACGGACCCUGAGAAGAUCAAGGAAUGGAGAAGCAAUCUUUGGUACUUUGUCUCCAAGUUCACCGAGUUUGAUGCCAAAAAGUUAUACAAAUUAUAUAAAAAGGCGUGUAAGAAGAUGGUGAAGAGCGAGAAAAAGGAUCGAGAAAGAGAGGAAGGGGCAUCCACUAGUAAAGAGAAGCACAAAGAGGGUAGAGAGGGCAAGGAACACAAGAGAAAACAUGAAAGUGAUGUGGAGAAAGAAGAGACUAAGAAGCAUCAUUCAGAAAAGAAGGAAAAACGCGAGAAGCACGAAAGGGAAAGGGACAAGGACAAGGAGAAAGACCGCGAGCGCAAGCGGCAGCGCGACGACGCUAGCGAGGACGACGAGCACCGGUACGGGCGGCACCGCAAGCCGGGCGGGUCGCAGUUCAGGCACGAGCAGCCGCCCCACGGGGAGCACGAGCGGUGGGGCGGCGGCCAGUCGCGCGACAGGUUUCCUGGGGAGCACAAGCGGCAGUUCGAGUACCAGCGGCAGGCCGGGUUCCAUAAACGGGACUAUCCGAGACAGGAGAAAAGAUCCCCAGAGAAAGGUGAUUGGCGCCAGUUUCCAAGGGGGAGAGAAGGUGGACCGCCAAUGCCAGGUCAGCGUCAGAUGUACUACAACUAUCCUCAAGGACCCCAAGGAGGUAUUCCUCCACUAUUUCCACCAGAUCAGCAGUUCAGUAGGGAAAGGUACCCGAUGGGAGACUGGAGACCGCCCGAGUAUAACAGGUUCGAUCGCCGUCAACAAUGAGUUUAAAUUUCAAUGAAUUUUUGACUAAAUUGUACAUGUUGAAAUGUACUUUUUUGUAUUAUAGUUACUGUAGUUUUUUGAGAAGUUAUUGAGAAUUUUAUUUCGUAAUUUAUUUACUUGUGAUUUUAAUUUUCCUCUCAAUAAUUUUUCAGACUGGUUGCAUUUUUCGAUUACCAAGUGUUUUAUAGUUUUGUUGUCGAAUGUACAUUUUUAAUUGAGCCACGGUGGCUUUGUAUGUCAAAUUGAUAUAUUAGGCAGGCCUACCCAUAACUGUAUAUUGAAAAUUUGGUGUACAUACAGAUAGAUAAAUAUGUUUUUGAUAUAUGUUCCAGUUGAUUUCAAUAAAAUUCCUACCUCCUUUUUAA